AUGGCGAAUACCAUAAGCUCGGUUGGGAGGAAGGAGGAAUAUUUUAGUGUCCGUCAGCGAAAUGCGGACAAUGAAGGCAAUGCAGUAGACACCGGCUUCUUGGAGCUACCCCUAGGCCGUCACGAACAGAGUUUCGCGCCGUCUGAAAAUACUAUUAUGACGUUUGACAGCUUGAAUAGGUUGGAGUCCGACUUGACCCUAACACACUCCGACUACCUCGGUGCCUUCCACACCUUUGAGGCGCUAACGAGAGAACGAUAUGAAGACAAAAUUACACACGGACACAACGAUCUGCACGUAUUCGAGCAGUACGGCCAAUGUGACUCCUAUUCGACCAGGUACUCGGAUGCGGCAUUCGACGCCGAUCAGAAAAACAACAGCUCGAUGAUGCUGAAGUUCGACACACUCACGGAGUCCGUGCUGAAGCAGCUUGAGACACCCGUGUUGGAGCCAAAACCUGCAGUUCCUGCGGAGUCUAGUCUGUGUCGACUCGCAGACAUGGACCCAAAGGUCCUGGAGAGGCUUUGCAACGCAGGGAUAAAUGUCCGCGCAUUAGCGUCGCCACAGCUGACAAAUAGUGCUGGUACAUACGGAAGAUACGGAGAAAACGGGAAAUACGAUAUUGGCUCCAGUAGCACACAGAAGCAGACGUCAAUCCCGCACCUGGACAUCGUCUCCAAUGACUUGGAGUGUACAUACCACCAUGAAGACAAUAUGUUAGACCCUAAAGGAAGCUUUGUAAUCAACUAUAAACUGUGUCGCACUGCCCGAAGGCGGACAAAGAAAGGCGAGGAUUGUGAACAGCCCAUACUCACACGGGGGCAGUCUGAAAUAUCUGCCAUCAAGUAUUUUGCCGCGAAUGCCCACAAGGCACCCGCAAACAAGUGUAAGAGCAUGUUAAAACCUGCGCAUGCCACUGUCGCACCCAACUGGGUAAGAAACAGCAUACUCGGCGACAAGGUCUCCGGAAACAUAAGCGCUAUUGCCAAGGACCAGGCCGGGUGUCGCAUGUUACAGAAGCUGCUGGACUCGGAUGACCAGGCGCUCAUCAAAUCGGUACUCGAUGGAGUUUGUAAAAAUCUUUAUGAGCUAAUGACGGAUCCGUUCGGAAACUACCUCUGUCAGAAGCUAAUGGCGGUAUGCUGCGAGAACAGCUUGACAAAGAUAAUCGAUUCCGCCGGUAAAAGCCUGAUAGAUAUCGCCCUCAAUAUGCACGGCACCAGGGCGGUCCAAAAGCUGCUUGAGGUGUUAAGGUCACCCGAACACGUCAGGAAGGUGACGCAUAUACUCAGCGGAGGGGUGGUGCAGCUUGUCACCGAUCUCAACGGCAACCAUGUCAUACAAAAGUGUCUGCUCGUUCUGAAAGCAGAGGAUUGUGAGUUCAUUUUCCAAUCAGUGAUCAAAAAUUGUGUUUGUCUCGCCACACAUAGGCACGGAUGCUGCGUUAUGCAGCGAUGUAUAGACGCCGCUAACGAGCGUCAACGGAAGCAACUUGUAGAGGUGAUCACGACGAACGUGUUGCACCUUGUGGAAGAUGCGUACGGAAACUACGUCGUACAAUACACCCUUAGGCUUAAGGACAACGAUAUCAACUUGCGCAUUGUGAAGGCCUUGGCGUCCAAGGCCACCUUGUUCGCGCAGCAAAAAUUCAGCUCAAACGUCGUUGAAAGAUGUCUCAUCAUAUGUCCGCCUGAUAUCAGGAGCAUACUCAUCGAUCGCUUCAUCAAGGCGCCGUUCGAGGUGCUCAAGGAACUGAUACUGCACCCCUUCGGCAACUAUGUUAUCCAACGGGUGCUCAAUGUGGCACAGCCCAACGAGCUUGGAGCACUGCUCAACAGGAUAAAGCCACACAUCGACGAGCUAAAGAAUGCCUCGUCAGGCAAAAGAAUCGCGGCGAAAAUCACGCGAAAGCACUACAACGAAGUAAAUACGGCUCACAAGGAAACGAAUCGCAGCGACCACCAAAAGCUAGAUUUCGGCAAGGGCGCAAAGUCAAACGCCCACUCGGGCAGCCGGAGCAACAGGGACAUAGCGGGAGACCUCUUGCGCAAGGUGCAACGCAGCACUGUGUACCGUGGCGCAUCACCCAACAACAUGAGCGAAAACGGUACACUGUUUCAACAAUCACCUUUCAACAUGAAAAGCAAUGUCGUCGACGGACUGGGCUCACUGAGGAUCUCAAGGGGCAGUAAUUUCAACGCAAACGACAAGGUAUAUCAGGGGAAAACCGUGAGGACCAACAGCCUCGGGACUGACAACAGCAAAUCGGGCGCAGCCUCGGUAUCGCUGGAUAUGUUGGAUUCGCUGUUCUCGCGGACGCUCACUAUUGGCAGCGACCCAUCGUCGCUUUCCCAGUACUUCAACGCCGGUUUCCCUGAUGAAACCUCGCACAAGACAUAG